UUCCCUGCUUCCACUCCAAAACCCCUCCCUCGCUCCCUCUCUCCCUCUGUCUCUGGGAUGUGAGUUUCUCUCGAUUGGAAGUAAAUGGCGCUCAAGGGAAAGGAAAUAGCGGGGAAAUCUUCCACGGGGAAGAGGAAAUCCGCUUCCAAAUCCUCCGAUGAUGCGGAGAAAUCCGGUUCUCGGAGAAAGAGAAGGCCCAACGUCAUGAAGUUCGUCGAUGAUGAGGCCGUUGACGCUGACUCCGACGGUGAAGAUGAAGGUGAUGGCAAAGAUGAAGAUGACCAAGAUUUUGUGGAUGACACCAAGUCAGAGAUGAAAGGCAAGAAUGAAUCUGGAAGAGCACACCAUCUUCCUUUUUUGCUGAAAGAAGAAGAAUUGAGUGAUGAGGAAUUGGAGAACUUACUCAAAAAGAGAUAUAGUCGUGACUCAGAGUAUGUUUCAUAUGCUGAUGAAAACAAAGAGACUAAAGAAUGCGAUGAUAAAGAAUCUUCCAUGCAUUCUAUGAAGGAUCCAACUGUCUGGAGGGUCAAAUGCAUGGUUGGACGUGAACGGUAUAUAGCAUUCUGUCUCAUCCAGAAGUAUGUGGAUGUGCAAACCCUUGGAACUAAGCUACAGAUAAUAUCUGCAUUUGCUCUCGAUCAUAUGAAAGGUUAUAUAUAUAUUGAAGCUGAUAGGGAGUUUGAUGUUGCUGAGGCAUGUAAAGGGGUUUCCAGCAUUUAUCCAAGCAAGAUGUCGCUUGUUCCCAAAAGUGAAGUUCCUCAUUUGCUGUCUGUUCAAAACCAAAAAAGUGAAGUUUCUAAGGGCACGUGGGUCCGCGUGAAGUUUGGAGUGUAUAAAGGGGACCUGGCACAGGUUGUGGCUGUUGAUGAUGCGCGGAAAAGAGCUACCAUAAAGCUGAUUCCAAGGAUCGAUCUACAAGCUAUGGCCCAAAAACUGGGCAGCGGAAUACCUGUGAAGCAAGCAGCAGUCCCCACGCCCCGUUUGAUUAGCUCUCGUGAACUUGAGGACUUUCAAGCUCAUAUUCAAUAUAGGCAAGAUCGACAAACUGGGGAAACUUUUCAGAUUCUUGAUGGGUUGAUGCUUAAGAAUGGUUAUUUGUACAAAAAGGUAUCCAUUGGAUCACUAGGUUGCUGGCAAGUACAGCCUUCACCUGAUGAGAUCCAGAAGUUUGAGGUAUCUGGUGAUACAUCCGAGUGUUCAGACUGGCUUUCAGCUAUUUACGGAGGACGGAGAAAAUCCUGUUCGGGGUUAGCUGAUAAAGGGACAGUUGAAACUUCGGAGGGUACUUCAGAGACCAAGGAAGGGGACAAUUUUGAGCUCCAUGAUCUUGUGUUGUUUGGUGCGAAAGAUUUUGGUGUUAUCUUAGGAGUAGAGAGCGACACUUUCCAGAUUCUAAAAGGUGACUCAGAAAGAGCAGAUACCGUGACUGUGAAUCUGUGGGAAAUAAAGAGUAGGUGCGCUGACAAGAAAUUCACAGCAGUGGACAUGCACAAGAAUAUCAUAAGCAUCAAUGACCGUGUCAUGGUUUUGGAAGGUCCAUUUAAGGGUCGCCAAGGAAUGGUUAAGCAUAUCUAUAGAGGCACUAUCUUUAUCCAUAACAGCAACCAAUCAGAGAAUAAUGGUUUCUUUUUUGCUAAAUCUGAGUUGUGUGAGAACAUUAAGGGUUCAACAGAUGGCCGUGAUGAACUGGAUGAUGGGACAGCCCCACCAGGUUUCGAGGAUUCCACAGCAACACCAAACACUCCCCAAUCCCCUAAAAGGCCAUACCAACGGAGGGAGGGCAACCGCACUUUCAGCAGCACUGACCAAGGGGAUAGAGACCGUACCUUCUCCAUUGGACAAACCUUGAGGAUCCGAAUAGGUCCUCUAAAGGGGCACCUCUGUCGUGUUGUGGCUGUAUAUCGCUCUGAUGUUACAGUCAAGCUGGAUUCUCAGCCAAAGGUUAUUAAAGUUAAUAGUGAGCACCUUUCUGAGGCUGGUACGAGGACUAUUGGAGGCUUAAAUAAGGAGUCUUGGCUUGAUUCAUCUACCUCUGGCUUUUUGGGGAACUUCACUGAUGCAGACCCUUUCAGUACCAUAUCUAGCAAUUAUAAUGAUGGAACUGGUGAAACAGCUGACCCUUGGGGAAGUGCCACAUUGGGAGGCGGAAAUCAAUCAAAUUGUUCUACUAAAGCCACGGAUAGCUGGAACAAAGCAACACCUGUAAGUGGAGAUCAGAGUGCAUCAUGGAAUAAAGCAAUGGAUGGAGACAAAGUUCCUGGUGCUACAAAAGAGCAAGCUGGUAGUUGGGGAAGUGAUGCACAUGCUUGGGAUAAAGCUACAGCUAAAACUAAUGAUGGUAACAGUGGGAUUGACAGCUGGCAGAAAAAGGUUCCAACUGGAGGUCAAGCGGGCGGUUGGAAUGAUGCGGGAAGCUGGGGCAAAGCAAAACCUGAAACCGAACAUCAGUCUGAUCUUCCAACUGAUGAAAUGGGUGGUUGGGAGAAAACAAAAGGUGCAGCUAACGAUCAAGCGGACUGUUGGAAAAAAUCAGAAAAUAACAGGGAUAAAGGGAAAACAGUUAUCCAAGAUAAUACGAAUUCUUGGGACAACGAGAAAGGUGGCCUUGGAAAUGAAACAAGCUCAUGGGGCAAAGCAGUGGACUGUCAAGGUAAGACGGAUAAGGAUGACCUGUGGGGCAAAUCUGCUGGCAGUUGGAAGGGAAUGGAAGGUUCUACUGGAAGUCAGGGGGGUUCUUGGAACAAUGCAACUGCUGGAAGAGAGAAUCAGGGAGGAGGUUGGGACAACACGGCUGGACGUGGAACCCAGCCAGAAAUUGGAAAUGGUGGACAAGCAGGCGGCUGGAACAAAGCCAAAGGCGAGAGUGGAGGUCAGUCUGAUUCAUGGGACAAGUUGAAAGGUACAAGUGAAGGAGAUGCAAAAGGUUGGAACAAAACGGAGUUCAGGAGCCAAGGUCAGGCUGACGGUUGGAACAAACCAAAGCCUUCAGGUGGUGAUUGGGCGUCCAGCUGGAAUGGGGAUGGAGGUGGAAAAAGCGAUCAAGCUGGGAGUUGGAAUAAACCAAAAGAUUCCGAUGGUGGGUGGGGAUCUGGUUCUAACAGAGGAAGGAUGGGGAAUUUUGAAGAAGGCGGAAAUAGAGAUCAAGAAGAUGGUUGGAACAAGCCAAGGAAUUUUGAUGGAGGUCGGGGAUUCGGUGGGAGGAGAGGAAGGGGAGGAGGAACUAGAGGAAGAGGUGGGAGAGAUUAUUCCGAAAGAGAAAAACCUUUUGGUGGUGACCAAGAGUCCGGUUGGAAUGGAGAUGGAGGUGGAAGAAGGGAUCAAGCUGAGAGUUGGAAUAAACCAAAAGAUUUCGAUGGAGGACGGGGAUCCAGUUGGAACAGAGGAGGGACGGGGAAUUUUGAAGGUGGAAAUGCAGAUCAAGAAGACAGUUGGAACAAGCCAAGGACUUUUGAUGGUGGUCGGGGAUUUGGUGGGAGAAGAGGAAGGGGAGGAGGAAAUAGAAGUAGAGGUGGAAGAGAUGGAAGAGAUUAUAACGAUAGAGGAAAACCUUUUGGUCGGGGUCAAUCAUCUGGUUGGAACAAAGAUUCAGAGAACUCUUGGAAUGAGGACGGGUCGUCUUCCAAGAACACUUCAUCUGGUUGGAACAACAGAAAUCAAGAUGCUGGCAGAAGCGAAAACAAAGCGGAUGGUUGGAAAGCAUCUGAUGGUGGUAAUGAAUCCAGUUGGAACAGAGGGUGGUCCAUGGGUAAAGAAGCAGGCAGAAAUGGAGAUCAGUCAUCUGGCUGGGAGAAGGAUCAAGUGGAAGGUCAUGAUGGUGGCAGAGGCCUUGCCGGAAACCAAUCCGGUUGGAACAGUGGUGAAUCAAGCAAUUGGAUCUCACCCAAAGCUUCCGGCGGAAACCAGUCAUCUGCCUGGAAUCAGGGAUCAACUUCAAAUGACGAUGCUGGAGGGAGUACAGAUCGAUCAGGUUGGAACAAAACAGAAGCAUCGGGUGGGAAUAGAUCAUCAGGUUGGAACAAAACCAAUGCUUUUGGUGGCAGUGGUUCAUCUGGUUGGGGCAGUGACACGGCUGCUAAUAAAGGAGCAGAUGGAAGCAGAAACGGAGGGAAGGGUGGGAGCCAAGAUGGCAAGCAGGGUUCUGGAUGGAACGAAGGGAAGUCUCCAGCCAAAGAAGCUGGAGAAAUUGGAGAUCAAGCUGAUGGUUGGAACAGUGGAAAAAGCCUUCAUAGCACCGGUGGAUCUGGUUGGAAUACCGGAGGGACUCCAACCAAAGAUGCUGGUGAAACUACAGGUUGGAACCGAGCAAAAACCAGUGAUGUUGCCAAUGCAUCCAGCUGGAACAAUGGAACUGAUCCAACGCAAGCAGCAGCUGGAGGUGGACAUCAAUCAGGCAGCUGGAACCAAGAAAGCAAAGCCCCUGCCGGGAAUCAAUCUUCUGGUUGGAACCAAGAAACCGUUGCAGAGAAACCAGCAGAGGGGAGCAUUGAUCAAGCAGACGGUUGGGAUAAAGCAGCUGACCCUUGGGGCAAAGGAGGUGCGGGAAGCAACAGCAAGGGCGGGUGGUAAUAGCUGUAGGGUGAUGUUUUUUGGAUGAACGCAAGACUUCUAUGGUAAGUAGGUUUUGUAAAUAUUGGGGUGAAUUUUGUCCUUGCCAAUGCUGAGUCAGGUGUUGGGAUCAAGGGUUAGAAAUCGGUUUCGAUGUAACCAUAUGUCCACCACCGAAACCGAUUCGUAUUUGCUGUAUUGGGUGAUAAGGGCUGAUACAGGCGGCUACCCAUCCUAUGGAAUAGAUUAGAUGAAUGGAUGGUCUGGAUUACUUGA